CGGUUGCUGAGGUAACCGACACCCCGGGCAACGGCAAGUGGAGGCGGGAGGGGGCGUGGCCUCGACGGGCAGGCGACGAUAAGAGGUGGCGUCCGCCGCGGCUUUGCGAGCACCGCCCGUGUGCGCCGCCGGGCGUUGGCGGUGUGGCCCCUGCGUCUCCCGCUUCCUUGAAAAACCCGGGCGGGCGAGCGAGGCUGUGGGGCCCCGGCCGCUGCCUUUCCCCACACUCCCGGCCGAGGAGCCUCACUCGGCGCCCAACAUGGCGGGUGGGCGCUGCGGCCCGCAGCUAACGGCGCUCCUGGCCGCCUGGGUGGCGGCUGUGGCGGCGACGGCAGGCCCCGAGCAGGCCGCGCUGCCGGCGGAGCAGAGCCGGGUCCAGCCCAUGACCGCCUCCAACUGGACGCUGGUGAUGGAGGGCGAGUGGAUGCUGAAAUUUUACGCCCCAUGGUGUCCAUCCUGCCAGCAGACUGAUUCAGAAUGGGAGGCUUUUGCAAAGAAUGGUGAAAUACUUCAGAUCAGUGUGGGGAAGGUAGAUGUCAUUCAAGAACCAGGUUUGAGUGGCCGCUUCUUUGUCACCACUCUCCCAGCAUUUUUUCAUGCAAAGGAUGGGAUAUUCCGCCGUUAUCGUGGCCCAGGAAUCUUCGAAGACCUGCAGAAUUAUAUCUUAGAGAAGAAAUGGCAAUCAGUUGAGCCUCUGACUGGCUGGAAAUCCCCGGCUUCUCUAACGAUGUCUGGAAUGGCUGGUCUUUUUAGCAUCUCUGGCAAAAUAUGGCACCUUCACAACUAUUUCACAGUGACCCUUGGAAUUCCUGCUUGGUGUUCUUACGUCUUUUUCGUCAUAGCCACCUUGGUUUUUGGCCUUUUUAUGGGUCUGGUCUUGGUGGUAAUAUCAGAAUGUUUCUAUGUGCCACUUCCAAGGCAUUUAUCUGAACGUUCUGAGCAGAAUCAGAGGUCAGAGGAGGCUCAUAGGGCUGAACAGUUGCAGGAUGCAGAGGAAGAAAAAGAUGAUUCAAAUGAAGAAGAAAACAAAGACAGCCUUGUAGAUGAGGAAGAAGAAAAAGAAGAUCUUGGCGAUGAGGAUGAAGCAGAGGAAGAAGAGGAGGAGGACAACCUGGCUGCUGGUGUGGAUGAGGAGAGAAGUGAGGCCAAUGACCAGGGGCCCCCAGGAGAGGACAUUGCGACCCGUGAGGAAGUAGAGCCUGAAGAGGCUGAAGAAGGCAUCUCUGAGCAACCCUGCCCAGCUGACACAGAGGUGGUGGAAGACUCCUUGAGGCAGCGUAAAAGUCAGCAUGCUGACAAGGGACUGUAGAUUUAAUGACGCAUUUUCAAGAAUAUGCACCAAAACAGUAUGUCAGCUUCCCUCUGGCCUGCAGUUUGUACCAAAUCCUUAAUUUUUCCUGAAUGAGCAAGCUUCUCUCUUAAAAGAUGCUGUCUAGUCAUUUGGUUUCAUGGCAGUAAGCCUCAUGUAUACUAAGGAGAGUGUUUCAGGUGUGACAAUCAGGAUAUAGAAAAACAAAUGUAGUGUUGGGAUCUUUGGAGACUGGGAUGGGAACAAGUUCAUUUACUUAGGGGUCAGAGAGUCUUGACCAGAGGAGUCCACUCCCAGUCCUAAUCAGCACCUUCCAGAGACAAGGCUGCAGGCCCUGUGAAAUGAAAGCCAAGCAGCAGCCUUGGCUCCUGAGCAUCCUCAAAGUGUAACGUAGAAGCCUUGCUUCCUUUUCUUGUGUAAAGUAUUUAUUUUUGUCAAAUUGCAAGAAACAUCAGGCACCACAGUGCAUGAAAAAUCUUUUACAGCUUGAAAUUGAAAGGGCCUUGGGUAUAGAGAGCAGCUCAGAAGUCAUCCCAGCCCUCUGACUCUCCUGUGUUAUGUUUUAUUUCUUACCUUUAAUUUUUCCAACUUUUCCACCAUGGGCAUUCAGGCUCUCCACUCUUCACUAUUAUCUCUUGGUCAGAGGACUCCAAUAGCAGCCAGGUUUACAUGAACUGUGUUUGUUUAUUCUGACCUAAGGGGUUUAGAUAAUCAGUAACCAUAACCCCUGAAGCCAUGACUGCCAAACAUCUCAAAUGAAAUGUUGCAGCCAUCAGAGACUCAAAAGGAAGUAAGGAUUUUACAAGACAGAUAAAAAAAAAAUUGUUUUGUCCAAAAUAUAGUUGUUGUUGUUGAUUUUUUUUUUAAGUUUUCUUAGCAAUAUUUUUCAAGCCAGAAGUCCUCUAAGUCUUGCCAGUACAAGGUAAUCUUGUGAAGGAAAGGUGAAUACUGUUUUGUUUUGUUUUCAUCUCAAGGGGUUCCCUGGUUCUUGAACUACUUUAAUAAUAACUAAAAAACCACUUCUGAUUUUCCUUCAGUGAUGUGCUUUUGGUGAAAGAAUUAAUGAACUCCAGUACCUGAAAGUGAAAGAUUUGAUUUUGUUUCCAUCUUCUGUAAUCUUCCAAAGAAUUAUAUCUUUGUAAAUCUCUCAAUACUCAAUCUACUGUGAGUACCCAGGGAGGCUAAUUUCUUUUAAAAAAAAAAAAAAUCUAUCCAUCUACUUCUCUCUUACCUGAUUUAUGUGUUAGAAUAAAUCCAUGAAAUUAGAUUCCAAGCAUA